AGAAAUGUCAGGCUAGCGUGUUAUAAAUCGAGCUCCCAGUUUUUGUCAAUUUUUCGUGGGUUUUCUUAAGUGGAUCGAAUUGAAUUUUUGCUUACUAGUGUAAUAGUAUUUUGUGAAUCGAUUGAUCUAGUUACUUUGUUGUUUUUUCUAUUAUCAAACACGGUAAAUCGUAAAACGUUAUGUCUCCAUCACCAGCAGUUACACGAGCAAACACAGGGCUGAAAUCCGAAAACGAUAAGGCCACCUCUGUUGCGCAGUCGCCGGCAGCAAAGCAGCCUAAACAGAAAAAGAUUCUACAACAACAACAACAGAGAGGGAAUGCUGCCCGGCCUCAUAGCUCUCCGUCUUGCUCAACAGCUGACUGCUCUGCUGUCUCCUUAGCAACCGAACAACAACUUGCGGCGGCUCUCGAAAAACUGUUGACGAGCGACGCCUUCGUUGAUCGACUAGCUGCACGCCUCUCGGAGACUGUCAGCGCUCGAGUCUUGGAGGAUCUUGGGGGCCGUCUGCAGGUGGCUGAGAACAGGCUGGUCGAUCUUAAUGGCGAGAUGGACGCCCUUCGCGCCGAGCUUGCUCAACUCAAGGAGAGCUCAGACAUGCGACUGGACGGUUUGGCUCAAUAUUCCCGGCGAAAUAAUAUCCGCAUCACUGGUGUUCCUGAGGCGAGUGACGAGGAUGUGACAGCGACCACGGUGCAACUACUCAGCGACAAGCUGGGCGUUCCGAUCCAGCCGGCUGACAUCGACAGAUGCCACCGCGUCGGUCGCCUCGCUCAACCGCGUGACAACCAAGAGCCGAGACCUCGGCAGAUUCUCGUCAAGUUUAUCAGUUAUCAAAAGCGAAGUUCUAUAAUAUCGAAUAGGCGUCAGUUGAGUGGUACCGGUUUCUCAGUGCAAGAAGAUCUCACGCGUAAGCGUCACUUGUUUUUCCGGGAAAUGUGUGGAAGAGUGGGUUUCAAGAACGUCUGGAGUCGUGAUGGGCGUGUUUUUUGGAGAGACAACAACAGAGUCUUCUCUGAGUUCUCUAAUGGCCCUAAUAAUAAUGCGAAUUCGGAUCAGCUCGGUGAUAGUCAUAUGUAAAGUACCGUACGUAGUUUCAUUGCCUACCAAGCACUGAUAAUUAUUACUUGACAGGAAAAUUUCCUGAUCUCUGGAAAUGCUCCAUGGUGAAACCCAUUCCUAAAUCGACUAAUCCAAUCGCUCCUGCAGACUGCAGGCCCAUCCAUAUUCUGUGUUCCAUAUCUAAGGCACUGGAGAGAAUUGU